AUGGCGCAGUCGGCGUGUACAUCGGGGAAUUUGAUGCCCGCUAAUUUCCGGGUUCGUGGACAUCUUGCUACGGAGUAUUUUACUCGCUCGCUUCUGAUUACCCUGUUCGUGGUAUUCAGCGGUAACGUGGUAACAGUGUCAGGUGCAUGUACAACUGGCAAAUUUGGACUGGAUUGUUCUAGUGAUUGCCACUGUUCUAACAACGCUGCCUGCGAGAGAGACAGUGGUUACUGCAAUGGAUCGAAUGGAGUCUGUGCUGAUGGAUUCAAGUCAGAUAGGAACACCAACAACUGUCAGACAGUUCUCCCAUAUCUAAGCCAGCCUCCUGCAGUCGUUGCUGGGCCAGAAUCAGUGACUGUCAACUGGCAGGCAUGGGACCCACACAACCAGGACUCUGGGGAUGGACCAAUCAUCAGAUACAUCGUUUACUACAAGUAUGCAUCUAUUGCAUGGUCUGUAGGUGGUGAGAUAUCAGUCACAGACCAGUCCAAGGCUGCAUAUAGCCUUGUAGUCCAACCGCUGGAACCAAGCACUCAAUACCAGUUCAGCGUGGCUACUGUAAGAGAUGGACCAGGAGACCAAGGAUCUUUAAGUCCCGCAUCACAGUUGAUUUAUCCUCUAACAAUGCCUCCUCCAGCUACUGCUACUGAAGGUGCUACCGUGGCAGAAUCAACAACAGUUCCAGCACCAUCCAUCCCCACCUUACCUGCAAGCACUGCUCCGGUAGUUGUUACAGGAAUUUCAACGGCAGCUACUCCACAACCCACCCCAGCAAUUCUGAUCGCUAUCAUUGUCGUCGUCGUUAUCGUCAUGAUUGCCGUUGCUGCGGUCCUAUACAUUUACUUUCAGCGUCGUCGAAGAAGUAGAAGACAACAAGCAAAGACGCCACCAGCAGGAGGACAGGAAAUGACCGCGUAUGAAAAUCAAAUAUCUCCAGACAAUGACACCGGGGUAUCAGACUAUGAGAGGGUUGGUCAGGAUCGCCCAACAUCGUAUGAAGUAGUGGGUGUUAAUAUUUCACCACCAACCUUGGAGGAUGUAGGCCUACCAUCUUGGGCACAGGGAUGGAGUGUUCCAUUUAAGAAUAUGAUCACCGGCGAUAACAUCUUAGGCAAGGGAAACUUUGGAGAAGUUCGCGACGGAGCAGUGAAGGUUGGAGGAGAAAUUUCCAAGGCGGCUAUAAAGACACUAAAGGCAAACGCGUCCGAAAAUGACCGGCAGAACUUCAUGAAGGAAUUUCAAACUCUGACCAAAGUUGGACGGCAUUCGAACGUGGUCAGUAUUCUUGGUGCUUGUCAACACGAAGACAUUCUGUACGUGGCUUUGGAGUUCAUGCCCAAUGGUGAUCUGCGCACCUACCUGAGAAAUGCCCGAUCCCUGGGGGACGAUGAUCAGUCAACUCUGUCUUCUGAGAAGCUGAUUCAGUUUGCUUUGGAUGUUGCUAAAGCAAUGCAUCACCUGUCUGAAGUGGGGGUGAUUCAUCGUGAUUUGGCGGCAAGAAACAUCCUCCUUGACAGUCAACUGGUUGCCAAGGUUUCUGGUUUUGGGUUGUCGCGUGUAGAAGAUAUCUACGUUCAGAUGUCAAGGACUCGCGUUCCUACUCGCUGGCUGUCUCUGGAGUCGUUGACUUCCAAGACUUACACAUCAAAGAGUGACGUAUGGUCCUUUGGAAUCCUCCUGUGGGAAAUUGCCACCCUGGGCGCAACUCCUUACGAAGACAUCAACAUUAAGGACCUGUUGUCGAGGUUGCAGAGUGGAUAUCGGAUGCCCAAACCAAUCAACUGUGAUAAUGAGAUCUACACCCUGAUGUUGAUGUGCUGGCAGGAAGACCCGGCCAACCGACCUGAUUUCAAGAAACUAGUGACUCGCCUGACAAGUAUGGUUGACAACCCAAAUGAGCAUACGUACAUGCGACUGCUGCCAAAAGCUGACAACUACAUGUACUUGAUGAUUCGCCCAGAGCUGGAUGACAACUGAAUG